AUGUCUUCAAAUACCGGUUCCAGUUUAUCUAAUGUACGAUCUCUUCUGAGAGAUCAAUUCGAGGGCCAAGAUCCAGCCGACCAUGGCGAGAAAUGGGAUGAGCUCUGGAAAAAUAAGUUCACACCAUGGGACAACGAUUCACCUAACCCAGCACUCAUUGACGUCCUCAAUGAGCGGGAAGAUCUUGUGCCGAAGAUAGCUGAUGGUCCAAAGAAGAAGGCUUUGGUCGCAGGAUGUGGAAAGGGCUACGAUGUCCUAUUGUUGAGUGCUAUGGGUUAUGAUGCUUAUGGGCUCGAUAUAUCUGAGACAGGUCUGCAGGGUGCUAGGGAUACCGAGAAGGAGAAAGAUGGAAAGGGUAUGUAUGCAACGAAGGAAGGGGUAAAGAAAGGAAAAGUCACCUGGAUAUUUGGAGACUUCUUCAAAGAUGAUUUCUUGAUAAAUGUCGAGGGAGAGAAAAGCUUUGAUUUAAUUUACGAUUUCACGUUUGGCUGUGCAUUACCUCCAGUUUUGAGACCUGCUUGGUCUAAACGAUAUCAUGAGCUUCUAUCCCCAGAAGGAAGACUUAUCUGUCUUGAGUUUCCUACCACUAAGUCUCCGUCGCUUGGAGGUCCGCCAUGGGCCAUGCCUCCAAGAAUUUAUGAAGGUCAUUUAUCACGCCCGGGUGAAGUGUUACCAUACACGGAGGAAGGUUGCGAAUUGGAAGUUGAGAAGCUUGGCCCAUCACACCAAAAUGGUCUUCAGCGUAUCGCACAUUUUCAUCCCAAGAGAACUAAUGAGGGGGGAUAUGGGGAAGAUGGUACCAUAAAUGAUUUCAUCAGUGUCUGGUCGCAUUGA